AGCACCCCCUGCCCAAACUCACCCCUUGGGUUCCCCCUACUACCCACUGCUCUGUGUUCUUGCAGCCCCUUUCCUUCCCCGCCGCGUUACUAUGGCAACCCUGGGCCGCCCGUCCCGAAAAUAGACCCCGCCCCUGAACGGCCAAGGUCACCCCCCCUCGGGGUACCCCAUCCUGCCCCCUGCCUCCAAGCUUCAGGCCCCGCAUCUUCGGUCCGCCCUGACCCUUCAGACUCCUCCUGGGGCCUCUGGGAAGUUCCUCCUGCAGUCUAGUCUCAGCCCCUCCUUCUGUGCCCUCAGGGGCUCAGGUGUGGGGAGCGUCCAGUAUUCUCUGGUGAUCCGGGACUCUGGGGUUCCAGGCUCAGUUCUACAGUGUGGGGAGGGGGUUAUCCCAGCCUCAGUUUUCCCUCCAUUCCCGGAGGGAAUACACCUCCUGCUCAUUGGAAAAGUGGCCUCAGGGAGCAAGUCCAGGGUGCACACAUGUGCUGUGUAAGUAGGACAUGUCUGUGGUGUGUAGCUGGCCCAGUGUAGUGUGUAAAAGCAUCUUGUGCAGCAUGCGGUCCUAUGUGUGGCUUCUAGCAAGAACGCCGAGGCGUGUGACGGGGCAUGCAUCGAAUUGUAAUGAGACCCGCAUGGGAUGUGUUGUGUGUGACAAGGCACAUGUGUGAUGUGUGACAGGGCUGGGUAGUGUGCAGCCAAGCCCCUGCAACCAGACAGCGGCUGACAGUGAGCCCAUGUGGCAUGCAAUGGAAACCGGUGGCAUAGAGCAGUGCAUGGAUGACUGCAACGUGACAUGCAUGCAUGACAUCCAUGCAGCCUGGCUCCUGGGGGCAUGCUGCUGUGAGACCAUGUGUGACACGGAAUAGGACAUGUGUGGGGUAUGUGGGCUGGGACACUACUGUGCGGCGAUCAGGUCCACAUGACCCCCCCCCCCCCAGGAAGGCGGGCAGGGGCACAGCGGGAACCCCCUAGAGCCUGGGAGCCCCCCUGUGUGGAGGGGGUGGGGCUCCAUCUCCUCCUCCUGGGGCCUGGGAGGGUGUGUGAGUGUGAGUGUGUGUGUGGGGAAGGGGGAUUAGCUGAGCCGGAGGCUGAGCUGGGAGAAGGAGGGGAGGGAGGCGGGACCAGCCUGAGGUGGAGGGAGAUGCUGGAGCAGCUCGGGCUGUAGCAGGAAGCCUCAUCCCGCUCUGGUUUUAGAGCUUGGCCUGCAGCAGCGGUGAGUGUGUCGUGUUGUAUGUUUGGGGCAUGUGCGUGGCUGGGUGGUGGCCUCCCCUCAGAGGAGGGAAAGAUGAGAAGGGGGGAGGGGGAGGGAAUAGGACCAGGUCAAAGCAGGAGCCCCCCAGCCCCCAACUCACCAGUUAGGACACUCUAGGUCCCCCCUGACCUUUGCCCCAUUCUCUGGGCCAUCUAGAUGCCUGGACCAGAAUCAGGGGCUCAGCCUAGUCUUGUCUGUGUGAAGGUACAUUCAACCCACAGCUAUUCAAGGGGCUGGGGAGGUGGGAAACAGCGGUGGCUGAGGCGUGUGGGUGCUAAUCAAUGUGUGUGCUUUUUCAUUCAGACCCCUCUUACCCUCACCACCCAAGUUCUUAUCCUGCCUGUCCUUGGGUAACCUCCUCCCGUUCCCACCCCCACUCCCAUUGCUACGGCUCCCCCUCAGCAAGAUCCAGGAGGGGGCUCAGCUCAGGGAGCCUGGGCCCUGGAUUACACCCAUCUCCCCUUCCUAGACCUUCCCAGUCCCCCCUACCCCAAAGAGUUGUUCCUGGUUGCCAUGGGGACACCUAGAGCUCAGGCCCACAUGCCUCCUGAAAUAGCUCCCCCCCCCAUCCUACCUCCCCAUCCAGAGCAGUUGUAUAUGGAGGGGGGGGGGGUUGCAUGGGGCAGAAGCUAGCCUGGAGCACAGAUCUCCUUGGGUUUCUCCCAGGCUUCCAGAGCUGUUUGGAAGGGGAGGGUCCCCAUCUUACUUGUAGGGGAGGUUGAAGGGAGUGAUUCAAAGGGGUGUUCCUCAGCCAGAAAGACUUAUUGAGGGUCUUCUCUCUUAGGGACCUCCUUCCAAUUCACCUUGUCUUCUCCCUUCUAGGCCUGUUUGAGGAGCAUGCCUUCCCCUAACCCCUCUGCUGACCUCACCCUCUUGGCCUCCCCUGCCUGACCAGUUCAAUCCCUGGCCUCUCCCCAGCAUGGCCCAGGGAGCCAUGCGCUUCUGCUCUGAGGGAGACUGUGCCAUCUCCCCCCCGCGAUGCCCUCGAAGAUGGCUUCCAGGAGGCCCUAUGCCCGAGAGCCCCCCAGGGGGAGGGAGGGCUCAGCUGGGCAUGUAUGGCAGUAUGGGCUCCCUAGUUCGACGAGUGGUAGGGCCGGGCGGUGGGAGCAGGGAGCUAGGGCGGGUGACAGCACCCUGUACACCACUGAGGUGUACACCUGCUCCCCAGAGCCCCCCCUCACCUGCUGGGCCACCACAAAGCUCUGUGGUCAUAUUCCGCUUUGUGGAAAAGGCCAAUGUGAGGACAGUGAAUGGGGGCCUCAGUAGAAGCCUGGACCUUGGGUCUCCCUCUCCCAGCACCUCAUCCCCACCCCAACGACUUGCCCUGACCCUAGCCCCUAGUUCUGGCUCUAAUUCUGGCUUGGGACGGAAGCUCCGGCUGGAGGCUUCCACCUCAGACCCACUCCCUGCUGGAGGAAAUUCAGCUCUCCUAACUGCCCGAUGCUGCCCCCUGCCUGGGUCCCCAGCCCAGCCAUCCACAGGUGGAGAUAGUCUCUAUUCCUCCCUCCCAAAUGGGCUGGGUGGGCCUUCAGAGGACCUGACCACUCUACUCCGAGGACCCUCAGGCAUUAACUGCCAGAACCAGGGGGAUUGCUGCUCCUCUCCCCGGGAAGUGUCUGCUCAUGCCCAGCGGAUUGCCCGGGCCAAGUGGGAAUUCUUCUUUGGCUCCCUGGAUCCCCCCAGCUCAGGUUCCCAGGCUCGGGAUCAGGAUCAGGAGUGGGAGCAGGCAUCAGUGAGAGUCCCCAGGGAGGAGCUGGGCCAUAGCUCAGAGGUGACCACAGGACGGGUGACUAAGUAUUCAGAAACCGACCUGGACACAGUGCCCCUUCGGUGCUACCGGGAGACGGACAUCGAUGAGGUUCUGGCUGAGCGAGAGGAGGCUGACUCUGCUAUUGAGAGCCAACCCAGCUCAGAGCCCCUGGGUACAGCCAGGGCCCCCCAGCCCACCCCUCGGCCAGGCCCCAGCCUGGACAGUGCCAGUGAGGAGGAAGAAGCUGAGGAGGAGGUGGACGACGAGGUGUUCGAGGCCUCCGAAGGGGCCCAGCCAGUGGCCAUGAGUCCCUGUGGGCCCCUCAAGUCCCCAGUGCCCUUCCUGCCAGGCUCCAGCCCAUCUGCAGAUGGUCCAGACUCCUUCAGCUGCAUCUUUGAAGCCAUCCUAGAGUCACACAGGGCCAAAGGCACAUCUUACACCAGCCUGGCCUCCCUGGAGGCUCUCGCCUCACCAGUCCCAACCCAGAGUCCCUUUUUCACUUUUGAACUGCCCCCCAAUCAUCUGGUCACCCAGCUUGAUUCCCAGAUGCCAGCCCCAUUAGCUCCACUGGAACCUGAUUCAGGGACCAGCUCAGCUGCUGAUGGGCCCUGGACAGAACGUGAGGAAGAGGAGGAGGAGGAGGCUAAAAGAGGGGCCAGUUCAACUAAGGACAGGGCUCCACCUAGCCCUUGUCACUCUGAAGACAGCUUUGGUUUAGGGCCUCUGCCUGUGGGCAGUGAUCCCCCCCUGGGCCAGCUGGUGUCGGAUUCUGACUCGGAACUGGACAGCACAGAGCAGCUGGCCCUGGGUAGCACUGACACCCUGUCCAACGGGCAGAAGGCUGACCUGGAAGCUGCCCAGAGGCUAGCCAAGCGGCUCUACAACCUGGAUGGCUUUAAGAAGGCUGAUGUGGCCCGGCAUCUGGGGAAGAACAAUGACUUCAGUAAACUGGUAGCUGGAGAGUACCUCAAAUUCUUUGUCUUCACUGGAAUGAAUCUGGACCAGGCACUCAGGGUAUUUCUGAAGGAGCUGGCUCUGAUGGGGGAAACCCAGGAGCGAGAGCGGGUCCUGGCUCAUUUCUCCCAGCGCUACCAUCAAUGUAACCCUGGGGCCCUGUCCUCUGAGGAUGGAGCCCACACUCUAACCUGUGCUCUCAUGCUGUUGAACACGGAUCUUCAUGGCCACAACAUUGGGAAACGAAUGACAUGUGGGGACUUCAUUGGGAACCUAGAGGGCCUCAACCAGGGGGGUGACUUCCCCAGGGAGUUGCUCAAGGCUCUGUACAGUUCCAUCAAGAAUGAGAAGCUUCAGUGGGCCAUUGAUGAAGAGGAACUCCGCCGCUCCCUGUCUGAACUGGCCGACCCAAACCCCAAGGUCAUCAAGAGGGUCAGUGGCGGCAGUGGCGGCGGCUCCAGCCCUUUCCUAGACUUGUCCCCAGAGCCUGGUGCUGCCAUUUACAAACACGGCCCCCUGGUGCGCAAGGUGCACGCGGACCCCGACUGCAGGAAGACACCCCGGGGGAAGCGCGGCUGGAAGGCUUUCCAUGGCAUUCUGAAGGGGAUGAUCCUCUACCUGCAGAAGGAGGAGUACCAGCCGGGCACGGCUCUGGCGGAGGAGGAGCUGAAGAACGCCAUCAGCAUCCACCACGCCCUGGCCACCCGGGCCAGCGACUACAGCAAGCGGCCCCACGUGUUCUACCUGCGCACGGCCGACUGGCGGGUGUUCCUCUUCCAGGCACAGAGCCUGGAGCAGAUGCAGUCCUGGAUCACCCGCAUCAACGUGGUGGCGGCCAUGUUCUCGGCACCCCCCUUCCCGGCGGCCAUCAGCUCUCAGAAGAAGUUCAGUCGCCCUCUGCUGCCCAGCUCGGCCACCCGCCUCUCCCAGGAGGAGCAGGUGAGGACCCACGAAGCCAAACUCAGGGCCAUGGCGUCCGAGCUUCGGGAGCACAAGGCCAGCCAGCAGCAGCCGGACAGGAAGGGCAAGAGCAAGGAGGCCGAGGAGCAGCGGCAGAAGGAAGCCUAUUUGGAAUUUGAGAAAUCUCGCUAUGGCACCUACGCCGCACUGCUCCGGGCCAAGCUGAAGGCAGGCAGCGAGGAGCUGGAGGCCGUGGAGGCCGCGCUCUGCCAGGCCGUGCCGGGGGGCGUCGAGGACGGGCUCCCCGCAUCCUGCUCCAGCCCCACUCUGCAGCCCCAGCCGCCUCCACACAGCAGGCCGCACCGCUCGGGCCCCGAACCCCGGGCGGGGGGCAGCACACGGCAGAAACCCUGACCCGUGGGGAGGGGCCAGGAGGGAGGGGACAGCGACCACCCGCCGGCCACCUGCAUGACCUCUGACCUGCCCCAGCCAGGGCCUGACUGCGCCGGACGCGGGGCCCCGAAGGCACCGUGGACACUGCCCAAUCGAAGCCCCAGGGGCUGGGGCCACCCACCAGACUCCCCAUUUUGUGAUACCAUUUUGCACUUUUUCUUAUUCAAUGGGGGGAGGGUUGAGGGAGGGACCUUUCAAUGACAUUUUGGGGGGGAGGGCCCACGCUGGGGGGCCCCACUUUCCUGCUUUCUAUUUGGGCCCCCGGCCCCCUCCCCCAGACACCAGCAAUCCCCCGUCUUGGGCCUCGUCCGGGGGACGAUGGGCAUCCCCAGGGGUUCCGGAGGUCCUCAGCUGGAGGCCGAGCUGGUUCUCUCUCUCUCUCUCUCCCACAAGGGCUUUCUCUUAUCCCGGAGCUGGAGUGGGGUGAGGUGACGCGGGGCCCCCAGAGUGCGGUUUCUGGCAGGGCCUCUACUCCCCCUGUACAUAGACCUGUGGCAGGGGUCCUGGAGGAGGAGGAGACCCCCAGCCCCCCUCGGGGCCCUCUGGCCCUCCCAAGCCCACCUUCUGUACAGCCCCUGACGCAAUUAAACCUGCUCUGGAGCCCCA